CAGCAGAGACACCUGCAAGCAGGAACAGUUCAAGAUGAAGAUUUCUGUGGCUGCCUUAACUUUCUUUUUCUUCUAUGCAUGUGUGGCUGAAAUCUCAGCUCAGCCGACAGGAGAUAAAGAUGGUGGCACCAUUCAGUCAUCUGGUGACGCAGACUGUGGCGCAGCUGAAGCCCAGAAAACCACUGAGCAACUUUAUAUCAUUUUAAGAGCGGUAGAAGCCAAACUUAGCGACACUCAGACAGAGAUCGAGGUCCUGAAGUCACAAGUUCAAGUCAACAAGGUAGCAUUUGGAGCAUCUAUAAGUACAGGUGGAAAUAUUGGACCUUUUAAUACCCACACCAUACUGAUCUACAAAAAGGCCUUCUUCAACACAGGGUCAUACAACCCAACAACAGGUAUUUUUACGACUCCUGUCAAAGGAGCCUAUUACUUCAGCUUCUCUGGACAUAAUCAAUCAACUAAACAAAUGGGCCUGCAACUGAUGAAGAAUGGAGAGCGGAUGAUCACUGGCUUCAACCAUGUUGAUGCUAUAGAUCGGUAUGAGACAGCAACCAAUGGGAUGACUCUGCAGCUUGAAGUUGGAGACCAGGUUUACGUGAUACUGAUGGCAGGCACAUGGAUUCAUGACAAUGACAAUAGUCAAAGUACCUUUAUUGGUCAUUUAUUAUUCCCUCUGUAAAGUUCCCGCAAAAGGAUAAAGCUAACAUACACAUGACAUACAUUUUAUUUCACUGAUAAUAUUUAGUGGUAACACUUACUGAUGGGGACAGAUAUCAGGAUAAAAAUAGAUGUUGUGUGUGCUAUGUCUUAAAUGUGAGGUGAUCUGAUGUGUGUAAUAAAACAUUUUUUUACAAUCAUAUUCAUAUUUGACCAAUAAAAAUCUAAUAAAACA